AUGGAACAGCCCCCAAAGCUCCUCCCAAAUGAGAUACGACUGUUAAACCUCCUGCCCGGCAAGUGGUCCGACCCGAUCCACUGUACAUGGCGUAUCGUCUCACUCGAUGGGAAUCCCAAAUACAAGGCCCUAUCAUAUGUAUGGGGCCGGUCGAAACAUUCACAACCGAUCUGCUUGAAUGGUUCUCCAAUACAUAUCACUAGACAUCUCCGACGUGCUCUACGGCAGCUACGUAAUGAUAAUGAGGCUGUCUGCCUGUGGGUCGAUGCUGUCUGCAUAAAUCAAUCGGAUGAUGAAGAGAAAACGGAACAAGUAAAGAUGAUGGGAAAGAUCUACGCUCAAAGCCAAGAGGUGGUUGUUUAUCUGGGCGAUGCAUUCUCUCCGAGCUUUUCCCAAUCUUUUACCACUCCUUCAGACACGACAGAUGCCAUGUCACAUACAAUGACGCCCAAGGAUUGUUAUUCUACUUCGGCUUUCAACGAGAUAGAUACGGGCCUUGUCUGGCGAAGACCCUUGAGUCAUAAGGAUGGGAGCUAUCUCGUUUGUUUCAUUCAAUUUCUAGCAGACGGGGUUGAUAUAAAGAGGUUUAUAGCGGGUACUGAUCAAGGCAGCUUAGAGGAUGUGAUGGAAGCGUUAAGACUUUUUCUUUCCGCAGUCAGCUGGUGGAAAAGAGUCUGGGUCAUCCAAGAGGUGGUCAUCGCCAGCCGCAUAAUGAUCUUGUACGGCUCUAUGAUCGCUCCAUGGGAGACAUUUGUCAAAGCUGCGAACCGCGUGCAGGAAAAUGCUCGGAAAGAGAUCCCCUCACUCACGCCAAGCGACAUGAAGGUUUUAGUUGAAUUCUCUCGACGGAUUCGCGGUAUUGAGUCCAUCCGAAACCGAUGGAAGAGUCCCGAGCAGAUAACAUUGUUACAGCUCCUGCGCCAAUUCAGCGGCAGGAAGGCGACAGACCCAAGAGAUAAGGUUUAUGCUCUGCUUGGCCUUGCCAAGGACAAACCUUCGGUUGAGCCUAACUAUGGGGCUGCAGAGCUGGAUGUUUUAACUGACACGACGCUGGAUAUCAUAUCUAGAUCGGGAAGCCUCGAUGUUUUGGCGGGGGAUUUCACAAUGAAGGACAACAACGCACUUCCUUCGUGGAUUCCUGAUUGGAGUUCCCCUCCAGACGCCUUCAUACAAAGCCGCAUUGAGAAUGUGAAAUAUUACAAUGCUUGCAAAGGUUCGCCAGUCUAUGUGCAAUUGCAAGCAUCGAAGGAGUUGAGCGCUGUCUACGAAUACAUCACCCAACUUAACAGUAAACAAGGAGAGGGAGACAAACCGGAUGAUGUGAUCAGUAACUGGAUCCAUACUCACUGGCCCUCAUUAGCUUCUUCACCGUGGGCUGACCCACUGCGUGCAUACCAGAACGGCUACAUUGACCGUGAGCAGUGCCUUGAAGUAAUUGAAGCGUACUACAAUACUCGAGGAGGACCCGGGUGUUUGCGACACCAUGGAAAAGGGGUCGUCUCAUUGCCAGGCUUGUUAAUUGACUCAGUUAUAGUAGUCGGGGAAACGAUGUGGUCUGACACAGAACUGAUUCCAACGAUUAUCGCUUGGCAUGCGAUGAUGGGUAGAUCAAUCAUUUGGGAAGACUUCGAGAGCACAAUAUGCGCUGACCUUGUCUCUGAUACCGCAACUGGCCAAUGUCGACGACUGUCUCCUCGAGACAGAGAUCUUAUCCGAACUUGGUUGGCGAAGGAAGUAUCGCACCAUAGCGUUCCAGUUGACACUUCGCUAGGCCGCCAGCUAAAUAGCCUGGGUAUAGAUGUGUCGGAUCUAGGUGCCCAUGACUCGUAUUCAAGUAGCAUUCGCAGUUUUAUCAUGCAAGCUACAUACCGUCGAAAGUUUUUCUUUACAGCUAAUGGGAGAACUGGCCUCGGUCCUGUCGGCACCGAGAUAGAUGACACUGUUUGCAUCUUCCCAGGAGCUAAAACACCAUUCAUUCUCCGGCGGCGUCCCACUGGCGUAGGAGGGGUGGGAGGGGGGCGGUAUCGGUAUCCCUUUAUUAGGCUAGCGAUGAAGGCACAUGAGAUCCUUGGGGAUUGCUAUGUUCAUAGACUGAUGGACGGCGAAGCCAUGCAUGACUGGGAAGAUGUUGGUUCCAACUACAACCGAUUGGAAAUCGAGUCACAUAUCAGCGUUCAUCAGAAGACACGCGAAGACUUAAAACUGGCCGGUGUGAAGUGGAAGAAACAGGCUGACUAUUGGCACCAACGGGCAGAAGCAUGGCAAGUUGCCAACUCGGCGCUCUGGAGAGAUUUCAUAGGACGUGAGUCCAUGCUCAACCCUGACAUUCCACAUAGACGGGAGCCCCCCAACCGAGAUUAUGAAAAUCUUGUCAAGAACUACAAAAACGUCAAGAAGACAUUCAAUGAAACCUGGAUGGUGUGGCAGGAAAUGUAUGCCUAUGAUGAGUUUUCUAUCUGGCAAACAACAUUCCGAAAAUGGCACAACAGAUUGCACGCUUCCAAUUCUGCCCUGCGAGAAUGGAAGAGUAGUAAACUGCGCUGGCAAGACUCUUUGAGGGACUACAUACAGGUAUUUCCUAGUGGAUCAGUGGAGUCUAAGGGGCUGGUUCAUGUCCUCAGAAAAGCGGUUGAAACUGUAGACAGUAUGUUGCCUUCCGAGACGAUGUACCUGUUGACAGGUGUUCAUAUUGAGACAGGCGAACAAGAAAAAUUGGCUAUGGAGAUCCUAGGCCCUAUUUUGGACAAGGUGGCCAUGGUUGUCCUGGUUUGA